AUGAGCUCUAAAACAGAGAUCCCAAUAAUUACCGACGAGGGGGACUUUAGCGCUGAGUAUGAAACGUUUUGUCAGGCAAUGAACGGAGUUGCCGAUGGAACAUUCAUCUGUGUGAGCGUUUUUGGACCACAGUCUUCCGGAAAGUCAACCCUUCUCAAUGACCUUUUUGGGACUAGCUUCAAGACAAUGGACUUAUCAGCGGGGCGAACUCAAACCACGAAAGGAAUCAUGGCACGUGCAGUAGACUUCCAAACGAAAGUCGCCCCUCGGGUUCUUAUUCUAGAUUGUGAAGGCUCAGAUAGCCGCGAACGUAACCAGCAAGAGGCACAGAACAUUGAAAGACACAUAGGAUGCUUUGCAGCUGCAGUGAGUGAUCUGCUGAUAAUAAAUGUGUGGAACCACGAUAUAGGGCGCCACUCCGCUGCAAAUUAUAACAUACUCUCUACCAUCUUUGACAUCUACUUUAGGUCCUUGCUUAAGGCACGUAGAAAAUCAGGCAAUCAUAGGCCCUUAAUUUUACUAAUUGCAAUCCGAGACGCCGAAGAGGACGGGGCAGAACUGACGCAAAGGACAUUCGAGUCUGAUGUUCACCAUAUCUAUGAGCAAUCCGUUCCUAAGCAGUACCAUGGCUCUUUCAGAGACUACUUCUGCCUGCGAUUUUGGUUUAUUCCUCACCGAAGAUAUAUGAAAUCGUUGUACGAUGAAAAGAUUACGCAGCUAAAAACAGAUAUCAAGGAAAUCUUCGAUUCCUUACUCGGUGCUGAGACAGCAACCACUCUAAUACCCCUUACGGAUUCGUCUAUAUACUAUAACAACAUCUGGGACAUCGUUCGGACUGACAAAGACUUGGAUAUCCCAAGUCAGAGGGAGAUAGUAUCUAACAUAAGAUGCGAAGAAUUCUAUUUGGAGGCUAUAGAGCAGUUUUCCUCGCAAGUCGGCAAAGUAUUUGCAGAUGUCACGGCAGCAAUUCAGGUUUCCUUGGGUCAGCAAAGCUCAACCUUUUUGGAGCAGAGCCCGGACGCCGUUAAAGAUUAUCCUAUAACAAAACUACAUAACGCUUGCAAUUCUUUCAAGCUAACAAAGGUUCUGAUGGAUCUUUCACAAGAAUGUGUCGCCUUGUAUCGCAGAAAGACACGGCACUACAUUCCCAAGGUGGUUACUCAAUGGGCUACUAAGCUCAAUGACGAUGUUUUGGCCGGAUUGAAGAAAGUGGCUCACAGCUUUGCAAAGGGCAUCCGAGAGUCUACCUGCCAGGCACUAGGUGCUGUCACGGCUCCGUUUCGGGUACAGAUUACACAGUGGCUCGAGCGACACGAGUAUAGCGAUGACUACGCGUCCAAUACUAAUACGGUAGAUAUACUUGUACCAGAUCUUAUAAGCGACUUGACAUUCCCACAGAAGCGACUCACCGAUCUUAUGGGUUUGCUUGGUGCUGCGACAAGGGUGUUUCAUAAGUGCAUUUCUGUCAAUUGGGCCCAUGAGUAUUCAGGUCUUUGUGAUACCGGAAUCCUCGUUAACCUACCACCAAAUGAUGUAGGGCCUAAUUCUAAUGUACGCAUCGGUGACAACGCUAUAGAAACGAAUGCAGGCUCAUCUGUCAGGUUGUCUGUCGGUUAUGAGGCAUCAGAGCCCAUGGUGGACGCCCAUAUCGAUGAUUCUGGAGCCUUUUUCUCAGAUAUUAGGCAAACUGGAGUGUAUUCGCCUCAUCUUUAUGCAUUUCUGGAGAGUCUUUCGCUAUCUACCUACGGGAAGGCGUUGUCGCUGCAGAAGUUGCCUGCCGCUCCUCCUGAUGUUGCCAACGCUUAUGAUGCUGUUUGCCUACUCCAUACCAUUAUACUACUGUGGUACUGUGAAACAAUGAUGCCACUGAGUCUUAUAUAUGACAUCACACCAGAGAUAGACCACGUUAUCCCAGAGUCCAAUGCUCUCUUCUGCGAGACAAUGGGCAGCAUUUUGGCCGCCGUUGCGGAGGCUGUUUCCAGCCAGACACGUACCAUUACGGCGUCGAUGACUCAAGCGACUGCACGCCUAAUGGAUGACAAACUCUACGUGACACUCGGAUCUCUCCGAGGUGUUAUUUAUGAGUCAGCAAGAAAAACCCUUGAGCGCUCUUUCUUUUCGCUGCUCUCAUCCGCCUUUGUCGCCCCCGAUCACCAAGGACUGCUCUACUUGCAAACACGCCUCUCCAGCCCCUCAAUUUACUUUGAUCUUCACUUUGAUUCCAGCUCCAGAUCCAGCCCUACAGACUCUAUUCUACCAGAUACACAGAAUCCUGUAUAUAAGCAGUAUACAGAUAUAUAUUUAUUUUCGACGUUACCAGCUCUUCUCUCGCCGCUUCCACGAGCGUAUAAUACAGUAGGAACUCGUCUCUCGUCAGGGUCUAGCUCAAUCCAGUCGCUACUUCCUCGCUACAGAGCUGUCCCCAUUGUAGCUGCUCUUGAUAUGUCUGCCUUUUACAUUCCACAAGCAGCUUUGUCCUCGUUCAUGGAUAGAGUUGACGCAGAGAUAAUAGAGUUAAUUAAUAAAAGUCUCGGGGAAUUCUUCUCUAAGAGUUUUCCUCUAGUCCUGCAAAACAAGAUACAUACUAAGCUAGUAUAUGACGAUCAAGGAGCACAGCGUUCUUACAUUUCGGAGAAUUCUAUAUUGACAGAGUUUCUUUCAGAGAAGAAAGGUCUCAUAUCUAUGGCGCAGUUGUUUGAGGGAGGGACUCUUAUAACAGAGAACCUGCAUUCUGUGACAAUAAAACCUACUUCGCAAGAAAAGAUUGAUGCUAUGCUUCGGUGUGCUGAAGCAGAGUGGGAUAAGACGUAUCAAGAAGCCUUGGAAAUAUAUCGUACCAACAAGCACAAGGAUAAAUAUAAGUGGGUAUGGUUAGGCCUGUGCGUUUUCCUUAUGCUUACUCGCAAGUGGGUAUAUGCAGUUUUGCUAAGCAAGUACUGUCUCUGCAUCACAAUAUUACUUCUUUCUGUUGGUCUUUUCGUUUAUCAGCGAACGACUCCUGACGAGCGCAACGCGUCUUUUUCCAUUGUAGCCACUAGCAUUAGAGAGAGAGACGUUGGACAGUUUUGGGACGCUACUAAACGUUUGGCUCAAAAGGUCAUCCAUUGA